AUGAGCCUAGAUCGCCAAGAAUCGGGCCGACAUGGAGAGUCGAACGGUUCGACGAACAGCGCGAUCCCAGCUUUAUCCCCGUUACCAGGAUCCCCAAACAUGGCUCAGGACUCACUUCCGGAGCGCGAAUCCGCCUUCCUUACCGGAAUCAAGAACAAGGUCUCUGAGCCGGUCACUGCGGCUUUCCUUGCUGGUGGUGUAGCAGGAGCCGUGUCGCGAACGAUUGUGUCCCCGCUUGAACGCCUCAAGAUCCUUCUUCAAAUCCAGACUGUCGUCCAAUUUGGGAGUUACAACUUCUACAAGAAGGCAAGUCACACCAAGAGCCACUGCAACUCAGCCUAUAUCGCGCAGAAGGGAACUAAUGCCUCGAACAUGCGCACGCGACUUUCUAUCCAAUCCGCCUCCUUCGCAGCUCUUGGAGAACGUCACAAGGCCGAAAAACUACCGGGCAUGUUUAAAACCAUGGUCUUGAUAUACAAGAACGAGGGUGGUAUCGUCGCUUUGUACCGUGGCAUCGUCCCCACAGUCGCAGGUGUGGCUCCUUACGUCGGACUCAACUUCAUGACCUAUGAGUCGAUUCGAAAAUACUUGACUCCCGAGAACGACAAGAACCCUAGUCCUCUGCGAAAGCUACUUGCGGGAGCCCUGUCCGGUGCCGUGGCACAAACAUGCACAUAUCCUUUUGAUGUUCUGCGGCGACGAUUCCAGAUCAAUACUAUGUCGGGGAUGGGCUACCAGUACAAGUCUAUCGGGGAUGCCGUGAGAGUCAUUGUGGCUGAAGAAGGGCUUCGGGGCCUUUUCAAAGGGAUCGUUCCCAAUCUCCUCAAAGUUGCGCCCAGCAUGGCCAGCAGUUGGCUCAGUUUCGAGAUCACCAGGGAUUUCCUUCUCGAAUUAGGGGACAAAUGA